UUAACUACAUUACCCAUAAGUCUAUUCGAGAACAAGGUCAAAGUACAUUUGAGUUUGAAGCCUGCUUUUUCUUACUUGUCCGCUUAAAUCUCUAAAUAUCUGACCGUGUUUUUUAUUUUUGAGUGCGUAUUCGGGAGUGUCCGGUUUAUUCUUUACUGACCAGUCAAAUAAGGUGAAACUACCUGUGAGGAUGGCGUCUGGUGGGACCGGGACUCCCACCGAUUCACCUGAAGGCCAGGUGGAUGGAGGCGGGACCCUCACAGAACCCAACAACCCCAAUGUUGGAACCCCAGCUGACAAACCCACUCAAGACGAUGACUCUGCAGAUCUGAAAAGCAAUGGAGUCAAGGUGUGCCAGUUUUUCCAAAUCGGAAAGUGUCGCUUUGGCCACAAAUGUCGCUCAUUCCACAGUGAACCCCCACUGCAGGUUUCAGCAGCAGCCAUGUCCCCUGAAGUGGAUGACAAAGAGAAUGAACAAAAGAUGGCAAAGAUCAAGAAGAAAAAAGAGCCAAAUCCAAAAAACAGCAAAGAAAUUGAGGUGACCAAAAAGCCGCGUAUGCGCACGGCUGAUGACGUGAUCUCUCGCAUCUUGUGGGACCCGUCGGUGGACGCGUCAGAGUUUAUCGUGGGGUAUGUGGAUCGCUUCCUCGGGGUCCUGGAGCGACCCUUCUGUGACUUCAACUGGGACGCCAACCCCUGUGACUGCGACUACACCACUGAGCUGGCCUUGCCGAGACACAGGAUCCAGUACUUCAUCUACAGAGGCCAGCGCGUCUGGGACCGCCACAGCAGGAGCGACAGGGUCUUUGGCUCCACGGGUCAAUCUUUGGCUCCCCCCUUUGGAAGAGAAGAGGAAGUAAACGCGGAAGAAAGCCAAGAGCAACCACAAGAUGAUCUUGAAGCCGAACAGGAGGAGCCAACGACCGCCAGUGGACAGGAUGAGAGAAAAAUGGAGGACGGUGAUCACACGAAGAGCACAGACGUGGAUGAGGAAAACACUUCCAGAGCCGAGCAGGAGUGUCCGGAAAUAUGUGCCGUCAAUGAUGCUCCAAUCGGACUGCAGGCUUCAAAAGAGCAGCAGUCAAUAAAGCAAGAAGAGGAUGAAGAGACGAUUUUGGAGGAGUGGGAAGAAAGUUGGGAUGGCAAAGAAGACAAUCAGAGUUAUCCUGGAGCUUUUCAUUUAAACAAAGAUACACCGGCGCCUUUAGUGCAGAGGGAGGAGAAGCGUGGCGUGCGCCCGCCUAAAAAACGGCCCACCCACUUCAUUUGCUUCAGAGCCAACACUCCCGCCGUCCUCUCCUGCUUCCAGCAGCUACGAGAGGAGCUGGUCGCCCUCAUGCCUUGCUCCGCCCCCCACUGGCACGCCGCCUCCAAGCUCCACGUCACCCUCUGCCUCCUCAACCUGUACAGCCCGGCUGAGGUGGAGUCCGCCAAAGAGGUGCUCCGCCACUUCGCCCGUCUGGACCGCAACCCGCCCGUCGCUGUGACCUUCCCGGUGAAGCUGAAGCACUUCAACGGGCGGGUGCUGUACCUGAGCCCCCAGCCCCACCUGCACCUGCAGCAGCUGAACGGCGGUCUGCAGGAGGCGUACAGGGAGAAGGGCUGGCUCCACAGGGACUCCUACAACCCACGGUACCAUCUCACUCUGGCCAAGUUUCAGGACGUGGAGCGGGAGAGGAUUUUUGAAGGGGUGGGGGACCUGAAGGUGGGGAAGGGCUUGAACUUUGGGCGUCUGCCUGUGAACACCUUACACCUGUGCGCCAUGAGCAGCUCUGAAGCUGAUGGUUUUUAUGACACCCUGUGCACAGUAACCCUUCGAUAAUCACGAACACUGAAUGCUGCUUUACAGCCAAAUGCUUUACUUUAAAAGCCUUAUUUAUGGUUUUAAUUAUCUUUACCUUAAAAAUUUAAGUAGUGUAGUUUAAUAGAAUACUCGUUAAGACAAUCUAAAGCAGGAUCUUUUGGAGGAAAUUUAAAAGAAUUAAAGAUUAUACUGGGUUCUUAUUUAGAUUUUUGCUUUUAGAUACAUUUUAGGCAUUUAUUAUUAAAUCAAUUUAAUUAAAAAACAAAUUUGAAUGGCAGCCCUCCCUUUAAAG